GAUGCUUAUGAAUCUUUCUAUUGUCUGAUAAACAAAUAAAUAAUAAAAAAAGCAGCAGAGAAAUUGCACAAAUCGUGCAUUAUGUUUCCUUUGCUUACUCCGCAACACAACGUAACCCAGAUUUCGUCCAUUCCAAAGGCAAUUUUCACACAAACCCCAUCAAUUAUCUUGCCCACAUUCCAAAUUCAGAAAAAAUAUUCAAUUUCGGUUGAUAAAGAGAGAAAAGAAACGAAUUUCAAGAGCCAAGUCCUUGAGGGGUGUUUAGUAGUGAUUUCCUUGUUUGAUGGCUCUUCACUGUGGCGUUUUCAGCUUCAGGAGUGUAGCUUCUCACCCUCUAUGUUCUGUCAAGUUCAGUCAGCCCACUGUCCAAGCUUCCACCUUUGCUUCCCCUCUUACCCCUCCUACUGUCAAAUUGAAUGUCAGAGGAAAGGCUGUUCCUGGUGAUGGGACACCUAAAACAAAGGAAUCACCUCUUGUGGUUUGUUUUGGGGAAAUGCUCAUUGAUUUUGUCCCAACUGUCAGUGGCCUUUCUUUGGCUGAAGCACCUGCGUUUAAAAAGGCUCCUGGAGGUGCCCCUGCUAAUGUUGCAGUAGGCAUAUCUCGAUUAGGGGGUUCAUCAGCUUUCAUUGGAAAGGUCGGCGAAGAUGAAUUUGGAUAUAUGCUUGCGGAUAUACUAAAGGAAAAUAAUGUAAACCAUGAAGGGAUGCGUUUUGACCCUGGUGCACGUACUGCCUUGGCAUUUGUUACACUGAGGAGUGAUGGAGAGCGAGAGUUCAUGUUUUAUCGUAAUCCCAGUGCUGAUAUGCUGCUCCAAGAAGAUGAGCUUGAUUUGGACCUAAUCAGAAAGGCGAAGAUUUUCCAUUAUGGUUCUAUAAGUCUUAUAACAGAACCAUGCAAAUCAGCACACAUUGCUGCAGCAAAGGCUGCAAAAGAUGCUGGUGUAGUUCUGUCUUAUGAUCCUAACCUGAGGCUUCCUUUAUGGCCUUCUGAAGAUAGUGCAAGAGAAGGAAUUCUGAGUAUAUGGGAGACUGCAGAUAUCAUUAAGGUAAGUGAAGAAGAGAUUUCUUUUCUUACAAAAGGUGAGGACCCAUACGAUGAUGCUGUUGUACGUAAACUAUUCCACGAAAACCUCAAGCUACUCCUAGUUACUGAAGGUGCAGAAGGUUGUAGAUAUUACACCAAGGAGUUCAGUAGCAGGGUGAAGGGAUUGAAGGUGGAUGCUGUUGACACUACUGGUGCUGGUGAUGCUUUUGUGGCUGGAAUGUUAUCACAAUUAUCUGUGAAUCUUUCAUUGAUUCAGAAAGAAGAAGAGUUGAGAGAUUCUCUAAAGUUUGCUAAUGUCUGUGGUGCAUUGACUGUGACUGAGAGAGGUGCAAUUCCAGCUUUACCUACCAAGGAAGCUGUUCUUGAUGCUAUGCUUAAGCCAGUCUCCUAGCUUUGCGGCCACUCAAUGUAAUUAUGUGGUGAGUGAGGAUAAUUCUUUCUGGAGAGGGGAAUUUAAAUUCUUCUGGGAAAUUGUGAGCUAGGACAAUGAAUAAAAACUGGUCAUUUAGUUCAGGCAAAAUUCUACAUUAAUCAAGUUCAUUUCUAAUGGAGAAUUGUUCUCCAUGUAUCCAUUUGUACUUGAUCUAUGAUGUAGAAGUUUCUAUGUAA